GAGAGAGAGAGAGAGAGAGAGAGAGAGAGAGAGAGAGAGAGGCAGAUGUGCGACAGCAGCUUUUCACUCCCGCAAGUUUGCUGCUCGGGGAUUCAUCUAUUUUAGGUUGACAGAGUACAUUUUCAUAGGAGGAGGAGAAGAAGAGAGUCUUUAAGAGGCACAGAGGAACAAAUAACCUGGAUUUGCGCUCACAUCAUCAUCAGCAUCCGAUGAGGGAUAUAAAGAAGACAAAUAAGAUCAUGGAAAUGUGUUAUAAAGGGCUGCCAGGACGACCGGAGAAAUUCAUACUCCUCAUCUUUUACCUCCAACUGUGGUACGGGCCAAUAGCUGAAGCGAUUCACCCGGACUGCGCCAUCAUCUCAGAGCACCUGAGGGCUCGGGAGAUUUGUAGCCAGACGAGGAGAAGCGAAGCGCAAAACCAGACCGAGCACAGCGGAUGUAAAACAGAGUGGGACGAUAUCGGAUGCUGGCUGAGAGCUGAAAUCGGGCAAGUGGUCAACGUAUCCUGCUCUGAAGUCUUCCAGCAUUUCUCCAGCAACCAAGGGUUUGUUUACAGGAACUGUACUGCUGACGGCUGGUCAGAAAUGUAUCCACCCUACGAGGAGGCCUGUGCAUUCAGUGAUGACAGCGAGCCUGAAUCUGAGACGAGUUACCUCUCCACAUUCAGACAGGUUUACACUGUGGGCUAUGCCACCUCGCUCAUCUCCCUCAUUACGGCCAUUGUGGUGUUCACAGCCUUCAGAAAGUUCCGCUGCACCAGAAACUACAUCCACAUCAACCUGUUCUCCUCCUUCGUCCUGAGAGCCAGCGCCGUUUUCAUCAAAGACACUGUGCUGUUUGCUGAUGAAACCCUGGACCACUGCUCCGUGUCCACGACGGCGUGCAAGUCAGCCGUGGCUUUCUUCCAGUUCAGCAUCCUGGCCAAUUACUUUUGGUUGCUGGUGGAGGGCAUGUAUCUGCAGACCCUGCUGGCCCUGACCUUCGUCUCUCAGAGGAAAUACUUCUGGUGGUACAUCUUGAUUGGAUGGGGGCUCCCAUCAACAGUUCUUAUACUUUGGGUGUUGACCAGAUUCUUCUUUGAUAACAAAGGUUGCUGGGAUGACACGGACAAAGUUGGUAUUUGGUGGAUUAUUAAAGGACCAAUAACAGCCUCGCUACUGGUCAACAUAGUCAUCUUCAUCAACGUGAUCCGGAUUCUGGUUCAAAAGCUUAAAUCUUCAGCUAUGGCCGGAAACAAUGACACAGGACAUUUUAUGAGGCUGGCUAAAUCCACCCUGUUCCUUAUCCCUCUGUUUGGGAUGCACUACACAGUAUUUGCCUUCCUGCCUGAGAACACUGGAGUGGCAGCCAGAUUGUACAUCGAGCUGGGACUGGGAUCCUUUCAGGGUUUUGUUGUGGCACUGCUUUACUGUUUCAUGAAUGGCGAGGUAAGUGAAUGGAUUCCUGAACUGUACGCGCGUGGCGUACAGUACGUGACUUUAUCAAAAGCAAUUUCUGUAUCCCGUACAGCUCUGCAUGCAUGUGCUUGUCUGCAGGUCCAAACAGAGCUGCGGAGGUGGCUGUGGAAGUGUCACAAUCAAAAUCAUCUCACCCCAGCUAAGCAAAGUAUUACCCAGAUCACAAUUCGAGCCCGCGGAGGGCUCGGGAGGCCUCCUUCUAGCGGCAACAUCUCUUCAGUAUGACUUUAAGAGACCGUCCAUGAGAGAAAAGUUGUUGUGAGAAUGUCAAACAAAGUAUCAGAGGCAGUCCUCAAAGCUCAGCCUGCUGAUGACAUUAAUUCAACAACCCCUCUGACAGAAGGCGGCCAUAAUGAACGCUGGUGAGUGAUUGAGGAAAUGAUGUGCCAGGAUGCAUUAUAUCAGUGUCAACAGCCGCUACGACCCUGACAGCACACGUUUCUGAGCUUAAUCAGUGCGGCCCGCCUUCUAUAAUUGUUGCAACCAAAAAAUACUAUAAAGUAAAAGAACACUGGUGCUUGAUUUCUAAGUCAUGGUGACAUUGGAAAGAUGAGACCACAGUGGAGACAGAGCUCACCAUGAGCUCGUAGAAGGAUGAUCUCACAUGGUUGUGUGUACAGUUUGGACUGCACGAGCACAAAAAUUAGCAAAUGUUGAGGGAUUAUGUAGACACAGCUGAGGAAACAGUGGAUGUUUAAACUUGGCUAAAUUGUGUGAAACAAGCUUGACUUGUUUAAACGUUUUGUGCUGCACUGAACAGAAGCAGUUGGAAAUAUAUGCAGGACUGAUCUGGACUGAAUGUGCUAAUGGAUUCCUGUGUAGCAAAUUCCCCUGCUGUUUGACAGAAUUUUUCAAUCAUGAAGAUCCAGAAGGGCCUAUAAGCGAAUGUAUUAAAUGUUGUGUGUUUGCUUGUGUGUGUGUGUGAGGCUGCCACAUAUUGGUACGUCAUUUCUUGAAGGACUUCUUAUUUUGAGGAAUCGUCUGCUUUGAUGAGCCAUCUUUGAAAACACAUUUGUGAAAAUGUAUACACUUGUAUUUUCUUCAUCUGUCAGUUUUCAUGUUGUUAUCAGAUGUGAUGAUCCUAAUUUCUUGGCACAUUUGUUGCACUAUAUGGAGAUACCAAAUUGAUCGAUAUGUGUCAAUGCGACACGGCGCCAAGCAUUUAAAUGGUAAAAUGGCAUCAAAAUGGUACUGUAUGACUGACACAGUGGUAGUGUCUGAAGAUACACUAUGUGUUUAUAUCCGAUGUUUUUAAAGCUCAACAUUUCACCCAUAUACAAGUUGCCCAGAUUUUGAUUAUGGAGGAAAAGUCAGAUCUGUGCUUUUUUUUGUUAUUUAUUUUUUUAUAGACCAUAAAUAACGCAUUGUAGGAACUGAACCAUUAAGCACUUUGACUGUCAUAUUAUGAUUUAAUGUUGCACUUUAUAAUGCAUUGGAUAAACUGUAUUUUCAUUGUUGUUGGGCCUGUGUAGGGAAAAGGCACAGUAAUAAAUGUGGUUUGAGAGGUA